GUGCCCGACCCUGCAUCCCCAAGGAUUUUGGGCACGGCUCGCUGGUUUGUGUGUGCAACGCCACGUACUGUGACACGCUGGACCCCCUGGUCCUGCCGACCCCCGGCUCCUACGUCAAGUACGAGAGCAGCAAGGCCGGCAAGCGGCUGGAGAGGAGCGAGGGGAGAUUCCAGAGCAGUCUGCGCACCCCAGGGCUGCUGCUGACCCUCAACAUCUCCACGCUGUACCAGCAUGUGAAGGGCUUCGGAGGGUCCCUCUCUGAUGCUGCUGCCAUGAACAUCCUGAAGCUGUCACAGCCAGCCCAGGACAACCUGCUGCGCUCCUACUUCUCUGAGAGCGGGAUUGAGUACAACCUCAUCCGGGUCCCCAUGGCUUGCAGCGACUUCUCUGUGCGCCCCUACAGCUACGAUGAUGUCCCUGAUGACUACGAGCUGAAACACUUCAGGCUGGCGGACGAGGACGUGAAGAUGAAGAUUCCCCUCCUGCGCCGAGCAUUGGCCAUGAGCAAACGGCCGCUGUUGCUGUUCGCCAGCCCCUGGACCGCCCCAGCCUGGAUGAGGAGUAACGGGGAUGUCCGUGGGAAAGGGGCUCUGAAGGGGAAGGCAGGGGACAAGUACCACAAGACCUGGGCCAACUACUUCAUCAAGUUCCUGGAUGAAUAUGCCAAACACAACGUGACUUUCUGGGCAGUGACGGCGCAGAACGAGCCGCUGGCGGGGCUCUUCACGCCCCCCCAGGCCCCCACCAUCGCCUUCACGGCUGCACAGCAGCGGGACUUCAUCGCCCAGGACCUGGGCCCCGCGCUGGCCCGCAGCCCCCACCGCACACGGCUCCUCAUGCUCGACGACCAGCGCAUCCACCUCCCACACUGGGCCAAAGUGGUCCUGGGAAAUUCCACAGCUGCCCGUUACGUGGCUGGCCUGGCGGUCCACUGGUACCUGGAUGCCAUUGUCCCGCCCGGCUGCAGCCUGGAGGCCACCCACAAGCUCUUCCCCGACCAUUUCCUCCUCUACACGGAGGCCUGCACUGGCUUCUUCAUGUUCCGCUUCGCCGUGUCCCUGGGCUGCUGGGAGCGGGGGGACCACUACAGCUACAGCAUCCUGACGGUCAUGAACCACUUUGUGUCUGGUUGGACCGACUGGAACCUGGUCCUGGAUCUGGAGGGAGGCCCCAACUGGGUCAAGAACUUUGUGGACAGCCCAGUCAUCGUGGAUGGCAGCAAGGACGUUUUCUACAAGCAGCCCAUGUUCUACCACAUGGGGCACUUCAGCAAGUUCAUCCCCGAGGGCUCCCGGCGGGUGGGGCUGCACAGCAGCCGCCGUUGCCUCCUCUGCCAGCUGGAGCACGUGGCCGUCCUGCGCCCCGACGGUGCUCUUGUCCUGGUGGUCCUCAACAGGUUUGGCCGGGAUGUGCCAUUUGGAAUCCAGGACCCUGCCAUGGGCUUCAUUGAGACUGUGGCUCCAGCCCACUCCAUCCAGACAUACCUGUGGCGCCAGCAGUGAGAGCCAGGGGAGUGCUGGGGGGCUUUGGGGGGCUCCGGAGGUCAACUCUUCCUCCACAUUCCUCAGGAGUGGCAGCAGAUGCCAGGAGUGCAGCCCCUGCACGAGGGGCUCCGUGUGCUCCUGGCACCGGGGUCUGGCCAGGCCUGCUCCUUCCCAGCCUCCCCUCCCUCCCAGCUCUUCCCAUCCCUCUGGAAGCUCCCUCUGCAGCGGCUCCUGGACCACACUUCCACACGUGGCCCCCUUGAAACCUUCGCGUGUGUCGCGGGCGCCAAGUAAAGCCAUGACGCUCUCCCUCCGGAA